CUAGCUCCGCUGAGAGAACACACAGCGGUUCGAUGCGUUUAUUGUGUGUUAAAUGACAAAGUUGUUAAUAGUGCUCUCUCUGCUAGCGUAAGUGAAUUAAUGUGAAUUUAAUGAUUGAAAAAACGCCGGUUAUUUGAAUUCAUGUGACAGUAAAAAAAUUAUUUCACAAGAACACAGUCAGUGUUGCUGUUUAAAAUUCGAUUCGCUUGAAUGUGCGCCAACGAGAGAAAAUGUCAAACACUUCGCCGUUGCAACUUGUGAACGGUGAAAAUUUAAUUGAAAAUCUUACCUCAAACACUGAGGUGAGCGGUGCAAUAAUUAAUUAUCGUGAAUUAAGAUCGGGAUCGUGUGUUGUCGGCGGUGGUGGUGACAAUAACAUUGCCGCUGACUAUCAGGGCGAGCAUCAUCGCAGUGGUGGUGGUGGUGGUGGUGCAUUAGCGGCCGCUGCUCGUGCCGCCGUGUACAACAUGGUAGCUGCGAUGAACGAGGAUGAACGAUCAUCCUCAGCGACAAAUAGUGUACGAAUCACCACAACAACCGCUAGUUCAACGACAGACGCCGUCAACGAUUUUCGUAACGUCUCCGAGGACAGUAAAGCCGGAAUACUUGGCUUUCCUGAGGAUUUUGAUCACAUGUACGCAAGUAUGACUGACGGUGAAGCACCAGCAAGUGCCACUUCUGCACUAGGUGUCAGUCCACUUCGUGGUAAUGAGGCACGACAAAAUGAUCUCACUGAAGUGAAACAUCUCAAGGAAUUACUUCUUUUACAUUUGGACCUCAUUCAACAACAAUCGGAGCAAAUUGUCACUAAGGACAAAUUACUCGCUGCACUGAGACAGGAGAAUGAAACGCUUAAAUUACGCCUCGAGCGGAUGGAUAGAAGGGUUAAUCUUCAAAAACAUCGAUCGGAAGCAACGGAAAAUUCUCUAGGCACUGAUCGUAUUGGUCCAUGUUCACCACCAAAUGUAAAUUUAUCAAGUCUUCCAUCAACGAGUGAACUUCAAAAAAAUAUUCAAUCUGAUAUUAAUAGUAGCGGUAGUCAGCAACAGCAACAACAACAACAACAACAUCAUCAUCAUCAGCAGUACAAUGAGAGUUUUAAAAUUCGAUUGAAUACAAGCGGUGGUAUACCAAUUGUAAAACAGGAGCAUAAUAAUGUACACGAGACAAAGAAUGACAAUAUGGGUAAUGAUACGAGGCUCGAUUGGGAAGGUAAGAAAAAACGAAGAUCCGAUCCAAUAACACCAGUUGCUGGUGGUGGUAUUAUAGCAGGUAAGAGAAAAAGAGGAGCAUCAUCGUGUUCAUCAACAAAUAUUAUAAACAAUGAACAAUGUACAAUGGUACGCGAGAAUAAAAAUCUCAUUACGGAUGUUAUGAAAAAAUCCGAGAAAAAAAUUAAAACCCUCUUAAAAAGAGAAUCGUAUCUCACAACAGAGGAUCAUUAUUACACGGCAGUGGGAGAUACAAAUUUUUCCCUAUCAAUGAAUGUUGAUACACCGCAGGAAACAUCAACGUCUCUCGAAGUUCCAAAUUGGAGGAUAAAAGUCUACACGAGUUGUUAUACAAUGGAGGGUACAGAAAAUUUGGACGAUGAAAUAUUCAACAAAAGGCAUCUUAAACUCGAAAAUGAUGAGAGGCGGAGAAAACGAUGGGAUGUACAAAGAAUAAGAGAGCAAAGGCACAUUGAAAAAUUGAAACAAAGACAAGAGCGUCAAAAUCAUCAGGCAACUUGUUAUAAUACAAAUCAUAGUGGACCGUGUUCUUCUUCGACUGAGGAGGAAAGUGUAAAGACACUAUGGCCCGAUUUAGAUCAAAUACAAAGCCUUCAAGUUGAUGCUCAAUUGCCUGUUAAUGCAUUUGGUGCUGCUGUACCCGGUUUUAGUUUAAGUGACUUUAUUCUACCUUGGCAAGAUUUGAUAAAAUCGAAAGAGAGACGCCAUCAACGAGUAAAACGAUCAACUGGUCGUAGAAAAUCGUGUAGAAGAUAAAGAAUGCAUGAAAGUUGUUUUAAUAUGUGACGAAAAAUUUCAAGAUAAAAAAAAGCGAUAGCGUGAUUUAAUUUCUUUUUACUAUUGCUAAUUUUUCUUUUUCUAUUCUAUAUAGGGUACCAAAGAUAUUUUUUUACGAGAUUUUAAAUUGUAACUAUUUUAUCUUUUUUUAGAAGGUAUGCGAAACUUUUUCUAUUUUUUUUUUUACUCGUGAAAAAGAACUUAUUUAUUUUAUUUUUUUUUAGAAACUACGACCCUUAAUAAGAAACCAAGUUUUUUUGCUAAAAUAUCUUUUGGUCCUUUAUUUUUAUUUCUUUUUUUUCUCAUUCACAAAUGAAUUAUUUUACAAAUUUGAUGAAAUGAAACGAUUAUUGCUGUAUGUGGAAAAAAAAUAGUUAUCUCACACGCUUAUCGUUUUUCAGGGAUAUAUUUUUCAAUUUAAAAACAAAGAAAAAGCACUUUUUGAAAAAGUCGCUACAUAAAUUUUUUAAAAGAGCCUCAGUGAGCGUGAAAUUGACCUCGAGAGGCAAAAUAAAAAUGUUAUUUUCUCGCUCCUGUGGCUCACAGUGAUAUAAGAUAAUAAAUUUUAAGACGUAGUAUAAAUGUUGAUCCCAAUUUCACUGUGUAAUUAGUGAUGUAAAAAAUUCGCGUAGCUCCUUUAAUUCAUCGACUAAAAGAAACUUAGAAUAAUAAAUUUUAGUUUCUUUAAACAAAAACCGAUUUUCCGCCUAAUUAAUAAUAAAAUUGCAACCUUUAGAAAAAUUAAAAAUCAAAGAACAAUGAAAUGUCCCUAAGUGAUAAAAAUUGUAAAAAAAAAAAGAAACCAAUUUAAUGUUUUACAAUUGUAAAAAAAUAGAUUUUUCUAUAGUGUCUAAAGUCUUUGAUAAAUCUAUAGAAUAUUUACUUUUAACGGGGCUAAACGAUUGGUACAGAAAAGAAAAAAUAGGAAAGGGAUCGAAAAAUAAUUUACAACUCUGUAUAUCUGUAACUGUAAUUUUUUUCGUCACCUCAUAAUAUUACAAAACGGAAAGUGAACGUUAAAGAAUAUAAAACAACUUUUCUGUGAUUUUUAUUUUUAAAAAACGGAAAAAAAAUGUACAAAUCGAAGAAAUUAAAACUUAAAAUGCAAUAUUCAUUUUUUUUUUUUUAACUAGAAUUAUAUUUUUUUUUAAUUUUCUACAUAAGGAGAAACGUUCACUUUCUUCUUGAAACGUGGCAUAAAACUUUUAAGAUAAUAACUGUAUAAUAGAAGAAAAACACUUUUUUUUUCUUCAUUAUUAUAUGUGAGAAUUGAAAUCUUGUAUAUAGCGAAUGAAUUUCCUAAUUGAGGAAUUUUUUUUAAUUACCGAAUCAUCCCUAAUGUUCAAUUAUUCAGUUAAAAAAAAAAUUUUCCCUCAUAAUUAAUUGGUUUACAAUACUCAAUGCAUUUUUUUUUCAUUUAAAUAUUAAAACAAAAAUAGAUUUAAUAUUUUAUGAAAUUAUGAAAAAAAAAUUGCAUUAUUUAAUGAUUAACUAUAAAAAUUGAAUUUUUACAAAUAUUUAUUCAAUUUAAUGAUCAUUGAGAAAAGUUAUUCCCGUCUUCCUCUUCCAUUUUUUUUUAAUUUCGCACUUUUUAAUUUUCAAUGAUUUAACAUUGAAAUUUUUAUUGAAGGAAGACAAGAAAACAAAAAUAAUUCACGCCCGUCUUCAUAAAAUAUUAUAAUUUAAUUAACCGUCCAGUGACCUAUUUCCAAAUCAUUAUAAAUAGUAAUUGUCUGUAAAUUAUUUGUAUAUCUUAUUGUCUCAUUCACCGAAAAAAAAAAAAAAAUUCUCUGCGUACCUGGAUCUAGAAAAUAUCGAGUCAUUCCGAAUAAUGUAAAAAAAAAAUGUCCGAUUUUGGACUGAAUUAAAAUUGAACAAAAAAAAAAUUUGGAAAGACGUUUUUACGUUUCUUUAAGAUCUGCCUUGGUUAUCAUUGUAUAUAUCGGUCAAAAAGAUAAAAAAAAAAUACUAUAGAAAAUAAAAUUUAAGAUACACGAA